UCCGCCCUCCCGCUCCCCGGGCUGCACCAAACAGCUCUCAGGUUUCUGCUGAUACUGCAGCGUCAAGAAAUGGCUCGAGUUUGCUCCCUGCUCUUAUGCAUUCAGCAGCCCUCUCGCUCCUGCCACACGCGUCCAGCUCCUGCCUCCUCCUGCUGCUGCUGCUGUUGCUGCCGCCGCCGGGACGAGCCAAGACCGACUCCGGGGAUGCGGCUGCAGGACUGCGGCUCUCUUACAUCUCCCCAGCCGCCGCUGCCCAGCGCCCGGCUCCCUUUCCAGCUAUCUUAAGGGAAGAGAGCAGGAGAGGCAGCAGCUACCUAGGACUCCUCGAUUUUAUUUACUAACUCAAGCUUUUUGAAAAAGGUACUUUGCGCUCUUUUCCAGCCCCCCCCCCCCCCUCGCCCCCCCACUGCGGUUCUCGGCAGAAACUAAUUAAACCCACUCGCCCUUGGUGCAGCCAAAGACAGUGUAUGAAUAUUUCAGUGUCUCGCAGGCAGCCCUGUAAAGCGAUCGCUGUAUUAUUAAGAGGGGCGCAAGAGGCGGAGGAGGGUUGAGUUUGCUGCUGCGGUUUUUGUUUUGGUUUGGUUUUUUCGGAUGCUGCUGCAAGGCGACUUGACGCAUUCCGGCACUGGCUCCUACUCCUAACCAGCGCGUCUCACUCGGAGCAGCAGCUGCAGCGAUGGUCGAGUCGUCGAGAAAAGUGGACGGAUCGAGUUAAAGGCAAAAGGAGACAGCUGGGGAGGGGACCCCAGCCUGGGGGUGCACUGCAUAGACCUUCAGCCUCCCGGCUUGGGGUGCAGGACCCCUCACCUUACCUGCCCUCUUCCCCCCCUAAAGGUACUUCUUCCCUCUUUCUUCACCCUCCUGUCAUCCCUGAUGCCUCUCCCUUCACUCCACCUCUCCUUUCCCCUUUUGGAUAUUUCCAUCCUUUAGGCUUAUCAUCCAUUCCUUCCUGUCUCUCCAUCCCAACUUGUCAUCCCUCCCUGCAGACUCUAAGCCUCCCCCCCAACCUCCUCCACUGAACUACCCUGGGGCUCUCUGCUCUCCACCAUAGUCCUUCCCCCUCUCAAGUCCCUCUUCCUCAUUUCUCCUCCCCCGUCCCUGGGUCCCCCUUCCUGUGUGCCACCAUGACUGUGAUGGCUGGAGAGAACAUGGAUGAGACUUCUGCGCUACCUGGCCACCCCCAGGAUAGCUACCAGCCCGCUGCCCAUGAUGACCAUGAGUGCUGUGAGCGCGUAGUGAUAAACAUUGCUGGACUACGCUUUGAGACGCAGCUGAAGACCUUAGCCCAGUUCCCCAACACUCUGCUGGGCAACCCCAAGAAGCGCAUGCGGUACUUUGACCCCUUGCGCAACGAGUACUUCUUUGACCGGAACCGGCCCAGCUUUGAUGCCAUCCUCUACUACUAUCAGUCUGGGGGGCGGCUUCGCCGGCCGGUCAAUGUGCCCUUGGACAUGUUCUCUGAGGAGAUCAAAUUUUAUGAGCUGGGUGAGGAGGCCAUGGAGAAGUUCCGGGAAGAUGAAGGAUUCAUCAAAGAUGAGGAGAGACCCUUGCCGGAGGGGGAGUACCAGCGCCAAGUAUGGCUCCUCUUUGAAUACCCAGAGAGCUCUGGGCCUGCAAGGGUCAUUGCAAUAGUCUCUGUCAUGGUGAUCCUCAUCUCCAUCGUGAUCUUCUGCCUAGAGACACUACCUGAGUUGAAGGAGGACAAGGAGUACACAGUGCAUCGCACUGACAACACCACCCAGGUCUACAAAUCCAACAUCUUCACAGAUCCCUUCUUUGUUGUGGAGACCCUGUGCAUCAUCUGGUUCUCCUUUGAGCUGGUGGUGCGCUUCUUUGCUUGCCCCAGCAAGACUGAAUUCUUCAAGAAUAUCAUGAACUUCAUUGACAUUGUGGCCAUCAUCCCUUACUUCAUCACCCUGGGCACCGAGAUGGCCGAGCGGGAGGGGACUCAGAAAGGAGAGCAGGCCACCUCCUUGGCCAUCCUGAGAGUCAUCAGACUGGUAAGAGUCUUUCGAAUCUUCAAACUCUCCCGGCACUCUAAGGGCCUCCAGAUUUUGGGACAGACCCUCAAAGCAAGUAUGAGAGAGCUAGGUUUGCUAAUCUUCUUCCUCUUCAUUGGGGUGAUCUUGUUCUCUAGUGCGGUAUAUUUUGCUGAGGCUGAAGAACCUGAGUCUCAUUUCACAAGUAUCCCCGAUGCUUUCUGGUGGGCGGUGGUAUCCAUGACCACUGUGGGCUAUGGUGACAUGUACCCUGUGACAAUUGGAGGCAAAAUCGUAGGCUCCUUGUGUGCCAUCGCUGGUGUGCUGACAAUUGCCCUGCCUGUACCUGUCAUCGUGUCCAACUUCAACUACUUCUACCACCGAGAAACAGAAGGGGAAGAACAGGCUCAGUUACUUCACGUUAGCUCCCCUAAUUUAGCAUCUGACAGUGAUCUCAGUCGCCGCAGCUCCUCCACAAUCAGCAAAUCUGAGUACAUGGAAAUCGAAGAGGAUAUGAAUAAUAGCAUAGACAAUUUUAGAGAGGCUAAUCUCAGAACUGGCAACUGCACCGUGGCCAACCAAAACUGCGUUAAUAAAAGCAAGCUGCUGACUGAUGUGUAAACAAAAAAACCAAAAUCCCUACUCACAGCUUGAAGACUUUAGUGACACAGUCACACUUUGUAGAUGCUUUACUGAUAGUCUUUGAAUGCUUUAUUUAUCUCGUAAAUGCAUUGUUGCAUUGCGAAUUUUUGCUCAGCGAUAAAGAAGCUUCCAGGAUCCAUGAAAGAUAAGAUUUUGUUUAUUUUUGAAAAGCAUUUUCCACCUGGUAAAUGACAGCCAUUUGAACUAGUUUAGUUUUAAGCUGUAUGAUGCUAGACCUAAACUUUUCCUCUCCCAUCUCCCUUUGUUUCUGAUGAAGUUAACUUAAACUAAGCAAGACAGUUUUUAGAGCUAUAAAGCAUAUGCAUGGAUUCCAGUAAAAAUAUUCUGCAAAACUGCACAGUUGCAAGAAAGUGCAUCAGAUGAUAAUAAUAAUAAAAAAGAUUAGCAAAAACCUGCAGCAAGCAUUUGACAUGGUUUUUAUGAAGGAGCGCAAAUUUUCCUUCCACCCCCUCUGUGAAAGGUUACAUACUUCCAAUCUACAGAUCCACACAGCACCUUAUUAAAAACAUACUUAAGCCUGGUCUCUUUUGCUGUCCAUAGAAGAACAGGAAAGGAAAAUAACAAAUAAAACUGAAGACAAAACAUCUGCAAUGCUGCUAAGUUCUCCUACAUGCAGAUGAUUUAAACACACUUUUCCUUUUCCCUGUCCAGAACUGGAUACAAAACUUUAAGCCCCCCUAUUGCAAGAUAGCACAAUGGAGUUUAAUAUAAGCAUGUUUGAAUUUGAUACUAUUUAUUUUAUAAUCGCAUGCCUGAAACGUUACCUCAGACAAUAGCGGAUAAGCUUUCGUUUGAACUGAAUCUUCUAAAAAUAGGUCCUUUAUCUCUCUUUUUUCUUUUCUUUUUGUUCUUUUUCUUUUUGAUUUGCAUUCACCAGAAGUGCACUCCUUAAUUUAUUAAAUCGUUGACUAGUAAUUUAAAGUACUGUAUUUAAGUGCGUAUGUUAGUCAAAUGGGAACAAUAACUUUUGGAGAUCAAAGCAUGUUCAAAUAUUCAGCGUUAUGGCCUAUUUGAUUAAGGUGUAACUUGAAUUAAUUAAUGCAUGAAUUCAAUAAUAAUAAUAAUAAUAAUAAUAAUAAUAACAAUAAAAACAAAAUUAAAAAAAGUGCUUGAUAGACCGAGGGCCUGAAUGAACCGAUCAGAGAAACCUGAUUGUUUUCCUGCAUUGCUCAGGGAAAUGUGUUGGCUUUUGUCCAGGCGUUGUCGGAAAGGAACAUAUCCCAUCCCUUAAAGGGAAAGCUACAUGGAAAAUUAAGAAGUCAAGUUAUAUAUAGCAACACCUAAAACCUAGUAUCCUUUAUAGUUGAAAGGUGCAGAUGCAUGCUUUUUGGUGCAUUCUCAGAAUGUAAAUGAAACUUAUCUAUUAUAUGCAUCCAAAUUGCAGCAGCUGGUUUCUUUUGCAGUCAUUAGUUGAGCCUUUUUUUUUGUAUUCCCCUAAAAUUCACCGAAGAGACUCAACAGAUUGAUUUAGGUAGUUGCGCAGUGCCUUUAUCUUACAUCCCCUAAAUUGCUGAAAGUGCCUCCAGGAACUGAGCUGAUGGGAGAUGAUAACGAAGGAAAGGGCAAGGCACCAACGCGCUGUCAGGAGUGUUCUGGGCUGCCUCCUGGCACAGCACAAAAGGGGGUAGAGAAACGAAGAAGGGGCAAGUGUGAGUGAGAGGGACGCAGAAGAGGUGGGCAGAGACCACCAGCGCCCAUGGGAUACCUUCCUUCCCCAGCCAGUCCGAUGCUGCAGGGCUCAGCGUUUCCUUCUGCCAAAUAACUCGUAGUCAUGUUUAUGCAAGACUUCAAGUUUCCCUAGGUUGUUUAUAGAGACAUUGCUGCCAUCAUUAUAUCUACCCUUCCUUUCCCUGAGAUGGCUCUCUGGAAGCCCAUCCCAGCGUGGCAGGAUGCAGGAGGAGCUAAGGACCCUCAUGAAAUGCGGCAUUGCCCAGUCAGGCAACUAGACUGCAGGGCUGUGCUUUUCUUUCUCCUGCAUUCCCCAGCAGGUAGGUGGGAGAGGCUUCCCAGUGCCCUCCCAUCCCUGCCUCCUCCAUCCCCUUUUGGCAGUCUGUCAGAUCUUAAAUCCCAUCACAGAUCCUUUAAGCCAUUUUCUUAUUUCUGGUCCCUAACCUUACUCUACUUCCAUCAUCGUCUGGUGAAGGAAGCAAUACUAGAAGAAGGUAUCUUCUGUAAUAUGCCAGCCUUGACUGCUAGGCCCUGGAAGAUAAUAACCUUUGAUCUGAAGCAACGUAGGCACUAAUCUUUAUUUUUUUAAAUGGACAAAGUUGAGGAUCUUCAUUCUGCACUUAGCAUGUGGACAACUGCUGUUGAACACUUCUCCUUCCACAUUGUACAGAUCCUUCCUUCCCCUCUCUUUCUGAUAUAUGUACAUAUGUGUAUAAACAUAUGUGUGUCUGCGCAUGUGUGUGUCACACACAUACGCAGACACACACACAUAUAUAUAUAAAAAAUCAAGGCACUUAGAGUUAAAAACCAACCCUAACUCUGCAGUUACGCACAAGCCUGACCUGCCAGGUUUCCAGGAAGACUUGACUUUAUUUCUCACUGUGUGGCCUCUGUGAAUCUUAGUGAUGAGAAAGCGAUCAAGAACUGAGGGAACUCUAACUCCUGCAAGAAAUCACAAAACAUCAGAUAAAAUAGGGCAUUACAUCCUCUAGGUAGAUGUUGUAAAGCUUCCUCCCUGUCCUCUGCUCAUGUCCCUGCCCGUCAUACACCUCUCUCCCCAUUAAAACCUGGUGGUCCUGAUCUUCCCAAACUCUUGAAUUCUAGGAUAUGACUUCUCAUGUCAAAAUGGACUUCAAUGCUGCACUCAGCUUAUAAAACAACCAACUGACUAAACGAAACAGCAAUAAUCAACUCAGUGCUGCGGGACUGAUGAUCAGAAAGUAGCAUCUGGGAGAUGAGGCUGCACUUUGGUAACUUAACUUCUGACACAAUUGGGUAUGCACACGUUAUUUUAAUGAGCAGAAUGAUAAUCAUUCUGUAUAUGUAAAGACAAAAAUGCUGCAUGCAGCACUCUGAUUCUUUGUCAGGAAACCAGGAUGGAUCAUUAGGACUCAGGGUGGUCUGGGGACCCUGAAUGUUUAUAGCUCACUGCAAAGGAUGUCAGUACAUAUGGAGUACAGGAGUUAAAUUCAUGUAGCAUAGGCAUGUGCUUUUGACAAGUUUAACACCAAAAAUCCCCAACAAAAAAAAAGCGCUCUUACUCCCUUUACACAGGAGUGCUGAAAUGUCUUUGUGGGCCUGAAGGUGCACUUAAAAAUGGCCUGUUCUUAUCAGUAAGCAUCCUUUUCCUCUUUCUUUUCCUUUCUUUCUUUCUUUCUUUCUUUCUUUCUUUCUUUCUUUCUUUCUUUCUUUCUUUCUUUCUUUCUUUCUUUCUUUCUUUCUUUCUUUCUUUCUUUCUUUCUUUCUUUCUUUCUUUCUUUCUUUCUUUCUUUCCUUCCUUCCUUCCUUCCUUCCUUCCUUCCUUCCUUCCUU